AUGGCGUCCGUUCAGGUGAUGCGAGUGGUGAUCGACUGGGGUACUACUCACGGCAAGGCGGCGGUAUAUGUCGGCGAAAAGGGGACUUUCCUCUCGAGCCCUGGACUCGCCCACAUUGUGCAAUUCAGCAGUCCAACAGACCUCGACUACAAGCUACAGAAGAACGAGCUUCCCGAGGAGAGUGCCAUCAACGUCGCAAAACUGUCGCUAUAUCCCAACCACAAGAGCGCAGCCAUCGCAAAACAAGUCGAAGAACGCCUAGAAGCUGCAGGACGUACCAAGCCACAGUUCAUCGCGGAUCAUCUCAAGGCGAUGUGGCCUGCGAUCAUAGCCUAUGCGAAGACUCAGUUUGAUGAUGCCGAAGAAGACUAUGUCGAUGGCCUGGACAAAGAGCUCCAGAUGAGUGUUCCCCUGUUGUGGUACCCAAGCUCCAACAAGAUCAUGUCUGAAGCCGCAGAGCUGGCUUCAUUGCCCAGGACCGAGCUUGUGUUGGAGCCAAUCGCUGCGGCAGCCUGCGUUCUCGAUGCCAUAACGGCCAAUAGCUGGAACAAAUCAAAGUUCGACCUUAAGCGUCUGGCGAAAGGCAAGCUCAUACAGGUGGUCGACCUGGGGGGAGGGACUUGUGACAAUGUCACCUGUAGGGUGUCCAAGGAGUCGGCCAACGGCGCCACAAUGGGGCUCGAGGUAGUGAGUCAGCCGAGUGGCGGGUUAUGCGGCUCUUACUUUAUCGACCAAGAGUUCCUCAAGUCAAUCGGGCUGAGUGUCGAGUCGUUUUCUGCUAAAGCUCGGCGCGAGUUCGAGCUUGCCAAGAUCAAGAACGGGCGAUGGUCAUCAUUUGAGCUGAUCAGAGUGUCUGCUGGUGAUGGAAGACGAUUCUCGGUCGAUCUCCCUCUAGAUAAGAUGAUCGAGCUCCACAGGACUGUUAUUGCUGAGGUGAUCGAAGAGACGAAGAAGCAGCUUGUCCCCGGCACUGAGGCAAUCUUCCUGACGGGCCGGUUCGGCGACUCCAAACUCUUGUUCGAUGCAAUGUGUGAAGAGUUCGGCAGCAAGGUUGUUUACAACACCGUCCGGAUCAAUGGAGCCCAGGUGGAAGCUGUCGUCACCGGAGCCCUGAUGCGCUAUACUGGCAUCAUCUCACGCACCCUGCCAACUCGCUACACCUUCGGCAUACAGCGUGACAUCGACAAAGAUGAUGGGAGCAAGUACACCAAGAUCUCGGAGAACUGGGCCAUCGUCAAGUAUGAUGCGUACAUCGAGAAGCUUCCCGUGGUAGAGGGUCGAUGGAGCUCGCUGCUGAACAAAGACACUGUCACCGACCAAGACCCAUACAUCAGCGAGUCAACCUGGUUACAGUACAUCAUGCCGCUGGGUACUUCGCGGGUGACAGAGACGGUUUACUGGACCGAGGGCGAUAUCACCGACCAUCAGCCGAUCUACUCGGACGUCCAGGCUUUCGACCAGAACAAUACCAUCAAGAGCAACAUCGAGGUCUGGGAGACUAAAACUGUGACUUUCGACCCAGCGAGACACAACUUCAAAGUGAGCUACGACAAGGACGACCAGAAGCAGUAUAAGGCCUUCGGCCGUAUGCGCCUCACCUCGUCUGGACCUAAUACCAAGAUCGAGUGGCAGUUUGUGAGCCCGAGCGCCAAGCCACCUGACAAGCGGGGCCGCCCAAAGCAGAACCAGAAGACAAUUGUGAUCAAGCAAGACGAGAUCAUCAGCGAGCAUAGCUUCGUGCUCCGCUCAGAGACUCGCAAUCCGUUUCCUCACGACGAUGUCGUCUCGGGGCCGGUCCUUCCAGCCCAAGCCGUCUCGUCCGCUGCCGAAUCGCAGCCUGAUGCUCCGCUCGAGGAACCAUCCAAAGAUGUGGAGAUGUCAGGUACAGUAGGUAUGAGUGAGGGAAUUGAAGAGGCGGUCGAGGAGGGAGUUGAAGAGAUAGUCGAGGAGGUGCAGCGUCGCGUUCGUAGGCCGACCCAACGUGGAGCAGAGAUGCAAGCGGAGAGGGACAGGAGGAGAAAGAAGAACGGGACAACUCCACGCAAGCAGCACAUCCUGCCGGACUCGGAUGGAUACAUGGACAUUGAUGCCUAG